AUGCAUUCAAGAAUCAUCGAGCGGCUUGAAAAUUCUGAUAGUGGCAAUACAAGUACCGAAGACCUGCUCAUAAUAAAUAAUCUCGCUACCUCACUUGAUACCACCCAAAUGCCAAUAGCAAUCCGAGUUCCUCAUCCUAGGUCCUUUUUAGAUGAGAGCUCCAGUGAAGAAGUAUCAGAAAGACUGAUCAGGACGUUUAACCAAGACGUAAUCAGAAUUGACGAAACACUGGAAUCUUUAUUAGAAAAAACUUUCACUCCCCCCCCCCCUCCGUGAGCGAACAAAACCAUUAGAAAAAUCGCCAUUUUUUGACCAAAAAAACCCACCCUCCGUGAGUGAACAAAAAUUUUUUUAAUAGAAAAAAUUUUAAUGGAAAAAAAUUUUGAUAUAUAAGUGAUAAUUAGUAUAAUGAAAUCUAGAGCUAAUUCUGUUUAAUUUUAAACAAAUUGCGUUUUAAAACAUAAAUUUUGCAAAUUAAAUUAAUAUUUGCUUCCCAAUUUUUGCAAAUUAGGAUUUUUUUUAAAUUUCGAAAAAAAUAUUUUUUAUAAAAUUUUAUAUAUAUAAAUUUUUUUUAAAAAAAAAAAAUUAACCCCCCUCCGUGAGCGAACAAAAUUUUUUUGUUCGCUCACGCUCACGGAGGGGGGGGGGGGGAGUCAGUGAAGGAAGCCAAAGCAAUUCUUUUUUAGCUGAUAUAACAUCGCAGAGCUGAAAAAUGCAGACUUACUCUAUAUCAAUAGAUGAUGGGAAUUCUUCAAUUGUGUUUAAUGCCUAUAGCUUUAAUGAUAUUUCUCAGCCUAAAAGCCCAAAAAUAAACAGUCCGAAACAUGAAGGUGCUGAUACAUUAAGAGAAGAGGUUUAUUUUGAACAGCCAUUUACGCUGAUUACAUUAAGAAAUAAUGAAUUGUAUCUGUAUCAUAUGAUUAACGAUAGAGAAGAUCAUAUAGAAUUGCCGACUAAUAUUAUGACUCAUUCAGCUUGUGUUCUGCCUGAUGGACAAAUUAUUGCUACUGAUGAUGGGAGCAUACCGAACUCUACGUUUAGGUACCAAAAUUCUGCAGGCUGAGCUUAUAUAAGUGAACUUAUAUACCCUAGAAAUGGCCAUUCUAUGAUUUUCCAUAAGGGGACAGUGUAUGUCAUUGGAGGACUUUACAACGGAAAAUUGCGAAAUGAAGUAGAAAGGCUAAAUAAAAAUGACAGUUGAGAAGAAAUCCCUAGCCUGCAUAAUCCUAGACAAAAUCCAGCCUGUGUGUCUAUGGAAAGCAAACUUUAUGUGACUGGAGGAAUCUGUGAAGUCCCAGAUUUUGCUUUUAUUGAAGAAGGAAUUUUUAAUUAUUUUUUUUGUAAAAAAUAAUUAAAUUUUGUUAAAAAAUUUUUUUUAUUUGAAGUAUUAAUUGGGAAAACAUGGAAAAUUUUAGAUGUAAAAAUCGAAGGAAAUCUGCAUGGACAUGCUUGUUUUUUUACUCCUGAGCAUAAAUUAGUGGUGCUUGGAGGAGUUAAAGGAGAUAGCCCUGCCUGCCAUAUUGCUAUGAUUACAGAUGAAGAUGGAGUUGUAAAUGAAGGGUUUAUUGAAUGUCAAGACAGCUUUCCAUUGAACUCGUGGAGCUAUAUAGAAGAAGAAGGCAGUAUUAUUGCAUGGGGGACACAAGCUCUUUGAAAGUUUGAUAUUUUGACCACAUCGCUAAAAAUACAACAAAUUUUCCCAUUAAUGUAA